GAGCGGUGGAGGACGCACGCCGCAGCCUCGCCCCAACCCAUGACUUUAACUUUCUUCUAACACCACGCCCGAUACACCCUGCCACCGGGGGGGAGAGAGGAGCCACGUGCAGCCCAACAGACCGUGCUUGCGUGUGUGUGUGAGGCUGGAACAAAGGCGAAGAGCGGGACAAAAAAAAAUCAUAUAGUAACGGAGUGGUUUUAAAUGCCAUAGCCACGAGAAGGAAGCGCAGUGUUACCAACCCCCAGUGUGUAUGUAAGCCGUGUGUGCGUGUGUGACAAUGGGCGUGUGUGCGUGUGCUGUGCCAUGGAGAACAGCAAGAGAGCGACUGUGAACGGUGAUUGUAUGUGCUAAAAUCAAGAAACUAAAGUGGAAAAACCGAGAACCUUACAGAACACCAACGCCCGUUCCUCCUUUUCAAACCGUACCCUCCAUAACAGCCUCUCCCUCCCUCCUUUUCUCCCACACCCACGUCUCCAUCCCUCCCUCCCCUCAGAGCAGAAGGGAGGAGGAAGAGAAGAUAGAGAGGGAGUGUCAAAAUCGAGGAGGAACUCACCUCUCUACACAAACACAUCGACUGGCAACUGUGUUUAAAAAGGGGCAAAGAAGAGGCGGAUGUUGUACAGAGGGACCGUUGAAAGGGUUAAGACUUAAGUGCCGUGUGUGUGUGUGUGUGUGUGUGUGUGUGUGUGUGUGUCAUUCUACCACUUGAGACAUACCAAGAGCCGUCAAGGUUGGACAGACAGACAGACGGUUAAAGGGGUGAGGAGGAGAAGAGUGAAUGAGAGUGCUUUUGAUAGUGAAGAGCAGUGACUGAGUGCUUCGAAAGAGGGAAGAAGAGACGGUGAUUAAGCAAGAAGAUUGAGGAGGAGGGAAAGGAUCAGAGAAACAAAGGAAAGGAAGAGAACUAUUAACACCUUACAAAAACUUACAAAAUAAAUUGAUGUUAAAGAAAAGGAAGAGGAGAAACGUGAAUAAACAAGGAAACAUAAGAAAUAGCUCAAGGAAAAAAUAAAAUAUAAGGCAGGAAGGUAGAAGAGGUGAAGAAAAUAAAGGAGAAUAAAGACGAAAUACAGAUUGAAGAAGAAAAUAAGGGGAAGAUAAAAGUGGAAGAGGUGGAUUAAUAGGAGUGGCAGAAAAAAAAGUGGAAGGCAAAACAAGAGUACACGAAGAAGGUCGAAGAGGGAGAUACAAGUGGAAGCCGAGGUGGAGUAGAAGUGGGAGGAAAAAGUGGGUGUGAAGUGUUUCAGUCAAGGCUUCUGUAGACCAACAACAGACUGACUGACCACAAGACACACGCACACACCUGAAGGCCGUCCACACCUACACACACACACACACACACACACACACACACACACACACACUCUCUGAUACCACCUGCAAACCCACCCAUUCCAUACCAGCCUCGCACCCACCCACACCCACGCCCCCUGGCACCAUGAAGAGCGUGGGUGCGGGCGUGGUGCUCCUGGACAGCCACGGGGGAUACCUGGACCUCACCCCCGCGGCCCUGGAGCACCUGGUCAGCAAGGAACCCAUUACACAACACUACCAGGUGGAGCAUACGCCCUUCGCCAGGGGCAAGUUCGCGGCGGUGCGUCGGGCGCGCUGCCUCCGCUCGGGCACAUGGUUCGCCGCCAAGGUGAUGCGGAAGCGGCGGCGUGCCCAGGACGUGCGCCACGAGAUCCUGCACGAGGCUGCCGUGCUGCUGCUGGCCCGCCCCUCCUCCCGCAUCGUGUCCCUGCACCAGCUGUACGAGACGGCCUCAGAGAUCGUCCUGGUCCUCGAGCUGGCUGAGGGCGGCGAGCUGCAGCGGGUGAUUGACGAGGAGGAGAGUCUGUGCGAGGAGGCGGUGCGGCGCUACAUGACCAACAUCCUCGCGGCGCUCAGGUUUCUGCACGCCCACAACAUAGCCCAUCUGGACCUCAAGCCCCAGAACCUGCUGCUGAUGGGGGAGCACCCGGUAAGCGAGGUCAAGCUGUGCGACUUCGGAAUCUCUCGCAUCAUUCUCUCGGACAUUGAAGUGAGGGAGGUUUUGGGGACCCCGGACUAUGUGGCCCCUGAGAUCCUGCAGUACGAGCCCAUUAGUUUGGCGACAGACAUGUGGUCGGUGGGGGUGCUUGCGUAUGUCCUGCUCACUGGUCAUUCACCCUUCGGAGGCAACACCAAGCAGGAGACCUUCCUCAACAUCUCCCAGGGCCAGGUGGACUUCCCGGAGGACCUCUUCGGGGAAGUGUCGGGGGCGGCCAUUGACUUCAUCACCCGCCUCCUCUUGGUUGACCCCGGGUCCCGGCUGACGGUGGAGGAGGCCAUGCAACACCAGUGGCUCAGUGACAUCCAGAACCCUGCCCGACCCCUGCCUGCCCCUGCCGACACCACCACCAGUGACACCACCCCCACAGCCAGUCUUGAAACCAUCACCACCACCACCAGUACCUCCACCACUCCAGCUAAAGCCCCAGUCACUUCACCACCACCCCCACCAUCCACACCGCCACCUCCCCUACCAUCAACACCGCCACCACCACUACCAUCAACACCACCGCCGUCCACACCACCACCUGCCCACAACCCUAUAAGUCCCAGUGGAAUGGCGUCAUACCACUACAUAACUGGCGGUGUGAGUGGAGGUGUAAGUGGAGGUAGUAGCAGCAGAAGUGGAAGAGGAGGUGGAGGAGGAGGAGGAGAGCGAAAGGAGAACCGUCACACCAGUUCUCCAUCUCCAACACCACCUCCACACCACCACUACCACUCCACCACCCCCACCUCCACACCCCCUUGCCGACGUGGAGCAAAAAGUGGAGGUGGAGGAGGAGAGCGUAAGGAGAACCGCCACACCAGUUCCCCAUCCCCAACUCCACCUCCACACCACCAUUACCGCUCCACCACCCCCACCUCCACACCCCCUUGCCGACGUGGAGGAGAACGUAAGGAGAACCGUCACACCAGUUCACCCUCCCCGACACCUCCACACCACCACCACCACUCCACCACCCCCACCUCCACACCUCCCUGCCGACGUGGAGCGAACAAACUCAACAAGGAAAACAACCGCAACACCAUCAACAAACACACCUCAGAGGAGCACCACCACCAUCACCACCCUGCCCCACCCACUGCCCCGCCACCGCUCGACUCCCCAUCAAAGCCCCGCGCCCGCCCCGGACACCACGAGAAGGGGAGGAGGGAGGGAGAGGGUGGGGCACGGAAGGUGGUGGCCUCAGGGAAGGAGAACAAGGAGGUGAAAGAGGUCAAGGAGGUCAAGUUGAGGCCGUCCCCGCUGUGUUUGAGGCGCCAGGGGUCGAAGUGUGACCUCAAGAGCCCCGGGGACCAGCAUAAGUGUGGACCGGGGCAAGCGUCAGUUAGUAUCAUCCUGGAGAAGGGGAUUAUAUGCUAACCCCGCC